UCACAAACAGUGCAUAGACUUUCUAUGGAAGCAUUCUAAUGAUAGCACGCAGCUUGUAGAAUUUUUUUUAAAAAAUUUGAAUUUUUUUUUUUUUUUAAAUAAUUUUUUGGGUUGUCCUCUUUGGACUUUCCGAAGAACAAAAUCAAAGUCUGAAAAUGUCUCUGCACGUUGGGACUUGGGACCUGAGCUCAAACGACUCUUCCAAGUAGGAAGAAACCUACCUCAUUUGAAAAAAAGGAGCCCCAAAACCUUUCUUUCUCUUAGUUUCUCUCUUUCCCUCUCUGAGCCAAAAUCCUUCGCUGGUUUUUGUUCAAAGAUUGAAGCUUUCGGGGGAUUCAUCUUCCUUUUUGUGGCUUUGUUUUGUGAAUGGAGGCUAUCAGAAAGCAAGCCACAAGGCUUCGCGAACAGGUCGCUAGGCAACAACAGGCUGUUCUCAAACAGUUCGGGGCUGGAGGUUAUGGAGGCUCAGAUAAUUUAGUUACUGAUGAGGCAGAACUCCAGCAGCAUCAAAGACUUGAAAAGCUUUACAUGUCAACACGUGCUGGAAAGCAUUAUCAAAGGGACAUUGUUCGUGGAGUAGAAGGAUAUAUUGUUACUGGCUCCAAACAAGUUGAAAUUGGAACCAAGUUGUCAGAAGAUAGCCGGAAAUACGGUGCAGAAAAUACUUGUACUAGUGGUAGCACAUUAUCAAGAGCUGCAUUAAAUUAUAGCAGAGCUCGUGCUCAGAUGGAAAAGGAGAGGGGGAAUAUGUUGAAAGCUCUUGGCACACAGGUAGCAGAGCCAUUAAGAGCAAUGGUAAUGGGAGCUCCAUUGGAGGAUGCACGGCAUCUUGCUCAACGUUAUGACAGAAUGCGUCAAGAAGCUGAAGCUCAGGCCAUUGAAGUUUCAAAACGCCAAGCAAAAGUGCGGGAAACACCCGGCAAUGCUGAGAAUGCUAUGAAACUGGAAGCUGCAGAAGCAAAGCUACAAGACCUAAAGUCAAACAUGGCAAUAUUGGGGAAGGAAGCUGGUGCAGCAAUGGCUGCUGUUGAAGCUCAGCAACAGAGACUUACUCUUCAGCGACUAAUUGCAAUGGUGGAAGCGGAGCGUAACUACCAUCAGAGGGUCCUUCAAAUACUAGAUCAACUUGAAAGCGAGAUGCUAUCAGAAAGACAACGAAUUGAAGCACCUCCUAGCCCCUCUAUUGGCAACACCAUGCCACCACCUCCAUCUUAUGAAGAAGUUAAUGGUGUAUAUGCUUCUGAAACACAUAAUGGAUCCACAGAUGGCGCCGAUUACUUUUUAGGAGAGGUCAUGCAUUCAUAUAAAGCUGAAUCUGAGGUGGAGCUGAAUUUGUCAGUUGGUGACUAUGUUGUUGUUCGAAAGGUAACAAACAAUGGUUGGGCUGAAGGUGAAUGCAAAGGGAAAGCCGGUUGGUUUCCGUAUGGGUACGUGGAAAGAAGGGACCGGGUUCUUGCAAGCAAGGUGGCUGAAGUGUUCUAAACUUUUUUCUUGUGAUUUGGCUUCUGAGGAGAGGAUUUUUGUUUGUGUACGCCUUACUAUUAAUAUACUAGGAGGUGAAGCGGCUGCUUUUUUUCAUGUAGAAGAAUGUGUAUCCUACCUUUCCAUGUGAUAUAGGUGCAAGCAAAGAUUUCUGCGUCUCUAUUGAUUGAUAUAUGAUGGCCGGUUGGUGCUUAUUAUUUACUUCUACUCCAUUGCAAGGUUGUGAUGAUAAAUUUGAGUCCUUUAAUUCAUGUAUUUUUUGAUAAUGAAGGACCCUUCUCAAUUCCUUGCUCUUUGAUCCAGAAUUUGAUAAGCUGUGGAUGCUCUGUGUUCUGUCAAGUUAUUAUUAUUAUUAUUAUUAUUAUUAUUAUUAUUAUUAUUAUUA